UCGUACAUGUAUGUCAUUUUUCAACUUUACAAUCAACUUUUGUCCUUAAAAUAACCAUUACUAUGUUAUUUUUGCUAAGUUUGGUGGAAAAAUUUUCAAUAGUUCGGUCUCAAUAUCAACUUUCAAUAGCCUGUGUGGUCUCGCAGAUCUCCAUUUGUCGAGCCCUACAUACGGUAUCGCCGUUAGCUAUUCUAUCAAGUAGCGAACUCCCAACACGAAACGAAGUGUUUCCACGCUCUGCUUCGGGCCUAGACCUCAACGUGUUCCUCAGACUAGCAAUUAAAUACGUUACGCACUAAGCUAUCAGGGACGUGGUAUCGCAUGCCACGUACCACUGCUAACUCCGAGCUCCGUUAUUUUCCCACUAACCGACGGAUCACGCCGCAUGCCUUUUCUGUUUAGGCUUAUGGCCGGGUCUCGGGUUGAGAAAUUGGGUACAGUGUUCUCACGUACCAGGGGUUUGUUGCGGGCCGGUGGCAUGAAGUGGAAGGACCGUCCAAUUUGGUACGAUAUAUACAACGCGUACCCACCCGAAAUAGAACCGCUGUAUUUCCGCGAGGAACCACCAGUUAAUCCAAUCCGACCCAUACUGUACAAAGAGGACAUCAUUCGCGCUAAGUUUGCAAAAGAGGUUGACCGUCGUAGUCAUCCGGAGCAAUUUAUGAAAAUGUACAACACUGCCUUGAAUGAAACCGGCUCCGAUUCGGAGGCCUUCGCUCGUGCCGUCGAGAAGUUCCGUGCGGUACGGAAGACUGAAAAAAGAUUAGGUCGACCCCGGGUAGUUGUCCCAGACGAUGCUGCUGCGCAAACCCAUGCCGCAAAACAUACAGAUAUAGAAAAUGACAUUUGAAACAAAUCAUCAGCUCGUUUCAUAUGUACUAGUUACCAGUCUAGUAUGUGUAUAGGGUAGUAACAUACUUUUAAUAAAAACACAAAUGUAUUUAAUGUGUGUGUAUUA